GAAAGUGAAAGUAAACAGCUGGUAUAUUCAUUCAAUUUUAGAACAUAAAUUAUGUUUAUUUUUAGUCAUUAAUAGAAUUUAAUUUACUAAACCGCAAACAAAAAAUUCCUACAAAUAACAAAGUCCACCACAGUAUGAAUGAAACCAAUGAGACAACAAUGGAAGCGAAAUAUAUCUUCGACGAUGUACCUCAAGUAUCGAAACUAAUAACAGUGAGUUGUUGCCUGGCCAUGUCGGUUCUGUAUGUGUCCAGCUUGUAUAUAUGGAAUAAUAAACACAAUCGCGAUCAUCCGGCCACCGUUAAAAGACGUUUUCUAAGUGUUACCAUUGUCAUGUUUAUAUCGCCAAUAUUUGUUUACAAGUUUUCCUCCAGUGAAUUGCUGGAGAAAGUGGCAUUUAAUGAUUUGUUGGGUCUUAGAUGGCCGGGUUUAAUUGUGGGCAUAGUGGUACCGUAUUUAUUGACAAUGCUGUUAUUUUUGGGGCCUUUGUGCGUGGAAUUGCAAAAUGAUACACUAAAAGUUUUUAUGGAUAUGGACUUUUGGAAAAGUAAUUUUAAAAAUAUCCUGUGGAUUCGUAAUCAUGUUAUGGCUCCAUUAAGCGAGGAAUUUGUUUUUCGUGCCUGUAUGAUGCCUUUGAUACUGCAAAGUUUUACUCCGCUGACAGCUGUGUUCAUAACGCCCUUGUUUUUUGGUGUGGCUCAUAUACAUCACAUUGUUGAGCGACUAAGUAUGGGCAUGGAAUUUUCCACAGCAUUAAUAAUGUCUUUAUCCCAAUUAACCUAUACUACUUUAUUUGGUUUUUAUUCGGCUUACUUAUUUGCCCGUACGGGACAUUUCGUGGCUCCCUUUUUGGUUCAUGCCUUUUGCAACCACAUGGGUCUACCCGAUUUACAAGAUCUAUGGCAGCAGCAUUUAUGGAAACGCAUAUUACUGAUCAUUUGCUAUUUUGUAGGUUUUAUAGCCUGGAUUAUAGUUUUGCCUUUGGCCACUGAACCCGAACUGUAUAAAAACAAUAUAUUUUGGCCUUGAGAGCAUUUACUAAAGACUUGAAAUAUCUUGUAUUAAAAGGUAAAUUAAAAGUCUUCCUAAUUUAAUUGUAAGUUAAAAAAAAAACUUCAGUCCACUGUCACUCUACACAAACCUUAAUAUUUUGUAAACACUUUUUUUUAGUUAAAUCAUUAUUUUAUUACAAAAACAACAAAAGAAAACGAAAA